CACGUCCUUGACGAGAGGUCGUCCUCCAUCAUGUUGGCAUUCACCAUGGUUCCCUCUUAGACGUCAUGCAGGUGCUUACAGCACCCACCCUUUCCCUCGACAUAUGUCAACUUCGUCUCAUUCCCAUCCUAGUAGCAAACCACCGUGGACACGAUGCGCCGUAACCGCCCUGCUGCUCUCUGGGGGAGUGUACGUGGCCUACCAAAACUAUCAACCAUUUCGACAUACAGUACUUGCAGCUGCCAGAUGUUCAAGGGUGGCUCAGGCCGCUAUUGUUGGUGCCGUUGACUACAAACAAACUUUUGCGCGGACAUAUGCGUCAGAAGAGAAACGAGAUCAAGCAUACUCGGAGUGCCAUACGAGAAGUGCACAGCGAGUACUGGAAGCUCUGUUGGCUAACGGAGGCGUUUUCAUCAAACUGGGGCAGCAUAUGGCUUCUCUAAUAGUGCUGCCAACUGAAUGGUCCAGCACUAUGCGACCUCUCCAAGACAAGUGUGAUCCAACCCCUUACGAGGAAUUAAAAGGAUUAUUCUUGUCGGACAUGGGACAAUCAAUUGACGACAUAUUUGAGGAGUUUGACCCAGUGCCUCUCGGUGUUGCAAGUUUGGCACAAGUACACGUCGGGCGCCACCGAGAAACAGGGAAAGAGGUUGCCGUAAAACUGCAACACCCCCACCUGGCUGAGUUCUGUGACAUUGACAUGGCGAUGGUCGAGGUGACUCUUGGUUGGAUCAAGUACUGGUUCCCGGAGUUCGAGUUGACUUGGUUAGGGGAGGAAAUGAGAGAGAAUCUUCCCAAAGAAAUGGACUUUGUCCACGAGGCUCGUAACGCUGAACGUGCAACGGCAGACUUUCGCAACAUGACAACAUCACUUUACAUUCCGGGAGUGAUCGCGGCCACAAAGCGCGUCCUAAUCAUGGAAUACAUUCGCGGAGCACGAGUCGAUGACCUUGCCUACCUUUCCGACCACAACAUUGAUCGUAACAAAGUCUCGCUGGAGCUUGCUCGGAUAUUCAACCAGAUGGUAUUCGUUAAUGGCUGGUUUCACGCUGAUCCCCACCCAGGAAAUCUGCUGAUACGGCCGACACCGAAAACAUCUAAGUCACCGUAUAACUUCGAGAUAGUCCUCUUAGACCAUGGAUUGUACUUUGACCUGGACGCAGACCUGCGGUUGAAUUACAGCAAGCUCUGGCUGUCGCUCAUCGCUCCGGCGUCACCUUCCGUGCGGGCUGAUCGCAAGAAAUAUGCGGAACUCGUAGGGAACAUCUCACCUGACCUCUAUCCUGUCUUUGAGGCUGCAAUCACAGGUCGGGCGGCAAUGAAAGGGACCUGGGGCGAACAUGAGGAUGAUGAAUCGUUCACAAGAGCCGACAGCAUGAUUAGCAUGACGCCUCAAUCGUUCGAGGAAAUGGAGGCCAUUCGCGACGCGGUGCUUAACCAAGAAGGUAUACUACUGUCAGUUUUCAACGUUCUUAGGCGCGUGCCUCGAAGGGUGCUGAUGGUUCUGAAGCUGAAUGAUCUUACCCGGAGUCUCGACCAUGCUUUGGCAACCACACACUCGUCGGUCCGAAUAUUUCUGAUCACAGCUAAAUAUUGCAUGUACGCAGUGUGGCAAGAUGACCGCAUUCGCAUACGACAAGAACAAAGAGGAUUCUUGUCAUUAUGUUCCCUGGUUAACUCUUGGUGGACCUACGUCAAAGGUUAUACUGGCGUGGUACUAGUGGAGACUUUCAUGGAUGCACAAGCGUACGGUGUAAAAACGGCAGCAUGGGCUGGGGGUCUCUUCCGGACAAGGGCAUUAGAUGGUGCACACAAAGCAGCAUCGGGGCUAGUAUGACAUGGGUUUAUAUUCCAUCUUUCUCGCCAUCCUUAGAUUACUAUUUGAGUAGUAUCAUAGAUACUUUGACUGAAUGGACUUUCGGUGUUUAACAGAUGGAGUGUGGAUAUGGAUCAUUAUUGCCGUUCACUUCCUAGCGAAUAGGGUGUCGAUAGUUGUUGCGUGGUUUUUCAGAAUGUGCCACUGUUCUUUUGACAGGGUAAUUCCCUUUCUGCCAGGCUUUUCUUCGCCGUCUGAGCCGAAAUACUCACGAAUGUCCAGGAACACGUUGCUUUUGAACGAUCUCACAGUGGCUCGCUUCUUCUUUCCCAAUUCAAUAUAUUCUUCGCCAUCAUCGUUCAUCUGUGCUCCCGACGUGGUAGAUCCGGUGGCACGAUUUUCGACGCCACUACCCUCAUCUUGGUCUGGAUUGGCAUUACCCUCCCUCAAGACAUAUUUAGGCUUUUUUGCCUUUGCAGGCUCAUCAUAUGACUUGAACUUGGGCUUUUUGACGGUCCUCUUUGGAGUUUCUUCUGUGGACUCAGCCUCAGGCGCGUCGUCGCUAUCAGACCUUCUUUUCGCCAUUGUUUAAAGGUACGCCACGGCAACCAGGGAGGUGAAGCGAGAUUGCAAGUUGAAGAGAGUACUC